AUGGAGCACGAUAAACAAAUACCCUACUCGAGAAAUGAAAUUAAGGAAGAUAUGGAAGAACAAAUCUAUAAGAUUGUAAUUGAUUCAAAUCUAGAUCUAUCUAACUCAUCCUGCGGUAUUUGCUCUAGGAUUGAAGAAGAAUUUAUUGAGUUUGAUCAUGAUAAUGAUGAUGAUGAUGAUGGUGAUGACCAUGGUGAUGGUGAUGGUGAUGGUGAUGAUGAUUGUGAUAGUAAUAGUGAUAGUGAUGAGGUUGAGGAUGAGGAAGAUGAGGAUGAAUAUGAUGAGGAAGAUGAAGAUGAUGAUGCUAAUGAUGAUGAAGAAGAUGAUUGUCUGAUCUCCACGCCCUUUUGUUCCCACAAGUUUUGCAAAACUUGUUGGAAAGAGUAA